GUAUUUUGUGUUUCCUUGUGGUUUCUGCUUUGACCCAGAGAUGUAUAAAUAGGCUACUGUUUCUCAGACUGGACAUUCCUUAUCUACACCUCCAACACUGAGACGUCCAUCCAGACAAACACAACUGCAAACAAAAAACACCGGCAGCAGAGCAGAUUUAUCUACAAAGAUGUCGUCUGUGCUGUGCUUUGGAUUUCUGUUGAUAUGUCUGUCAACAAAUCUGGUCCCCUGUGAAUCCAAAUCAGAUCUCAAGGAGAUACCUGACCGUGGCUAUGUCGCUCGAAGCUGCAAAGAACUCAAAGACAAAUAUAAAAUCAAUAAAGAUGGCCUGUACUUUCUGACCACGGAGAUCGGGGUGGUCUACCAGACCUACUGUGACAUGACCACUGCUGGAGGUGGCUGGACACUGGUAGCCAGUGUGCACGAGAACAACAUGUAUGGGAAAUGCACUGUAGGUGACCGCUGGUCUAGCCAGCAAGGUAACAACCCCAACGUACCUGAUGGAGAUGGAAACUGGGUUAACACGGCCACAUUUGGAACUGCAGAAGCAGCUACCAGCGACGACUACAAGAACCCUGGGUAUUACGACAUUGUGGCUCAGGAUGUGUCUGUGUGGCAUGUUCCUAAUAACGCUCUGGUAAAACAUUGGACUACUGCUUCUAUCUUACGCUACCACACUGCAAACCGGAUUCUCAGCCUCCAUGGAGGGAAUCUUUUCAACUUAUUCAAGAAAUUUCCAGUGACAUAUGGAGCAGGAGUUUGUCGUACUAAUAAUGGACCUACUGCCCCAGUGGUGUACGACUUUGGAAAUGAAGCCUCUACCAGAAACUUUUAUGGUCCAAACCCAAGAGGAGAGUUUGAGACUGGCUUCAUCGCUUUCAGAGUGUUUAACAAUGAGAGGGCAGCCAUGGCGAUCUGCUCUGGAGUCAGACCAACUGGCUGUAAUACAGAACACUACUGUAUUGGUGGAGGAGGUCAUUUCCCAGAAGCUGCACCCAAGCAGUGUGGAGAUUUCCCUUCUUUUGACUGGGAUGGAUACGGGACAAAUGCAGGCUGGAGUGCGUCCCGAGAGAUCACUGAAGCUGCUGUGCUUCUCUUCUAUCGCUGAGACCCAAAUCACACAUUCAGCUUUCUCUUCUGCUUCUAUCAUGUAGUAAAUUUACAGAAUGUAACAAUCAGUGCUUUAUUACAGUAACUCUGAAAUUCAUUAUGUAGACAUAGAAGAAGAAAUCAAAGUAAACUGAAAAGAGUUUCCACAUCACAACCAGGCACCCAGAAAUGAAAAGAUUGACCAGCAUGUCCAGAUUCGUCAGGGAAAUUAAUGAUGUGUUCUACCUACCAGCAGCUCAUUACACCUCAAAAAUGGUUAAAACACAGGGUGGAAUUGUAGUGUAUUUUGUUUUGUAUUCAAUAACUGUAAUAAACAGGUGGGCAACUACACAUUUUAGCUAAACACUACAAAUUAAAUUAAAUUCCAAAUCCUUUGAUUUACCACAUAUGCCUUAUAUAAACUUCACUCUGAGACUUUCACCAUAAAAUAAAGUUCAAUUCACAACUGAACACCAGUUUAAAGACCUGUAAUUUAAAACUGUGUAUAAUUAUUGGACUCUGCAACAUCAGGUACCAACUUACAUUUUUUGUUUUGUUACCCAUUUCUUCAUAACCUCAUUUGUAACAGGAAGUGUAACCAAAUUUAUGUAGACACAUCUCAUCCUGUUAUCUGUACUGAUCUGGUGUACUCAUAUUUUCCUGAAAGGUGACUUUCCUUUUGACUUUUUGUGAUUCAUUCUGUAUUUCCUUUAAAUCAAAUCUUGUGCUCUCGUUUGCAUCAUCUGUAAGUCAAUAUAUUAGCAGAGUUAAAAA